CCCACUGACUACCUAAACACCCACCCACACCCGCCUGGCUGCCGCGUCUGCCGCUUGAGGAGUCGUCGCUGUGCUGCGGAGGGACGCGCAUUUGCAGAGCGCAAGAUGGCGACUGCUCGGCGGCUGCUGAGAACCCACCGGAGCUGAUAACCGUGGACGAGCGGACCUUGAACACGCAGCCACGGGGGAGCAACGUCUUAAACGGCGGAUCUGUCGACGCUCCGACGAUAACAAUAAUGUCCCAUACAACUGACCAUGAUGAUGGAUGUUUUGUUGCCAUGGAUACAGAAGACAAUGCCACCGAUCCUGCUGGAAUAACAGAAGCGGCCGAGGCAAAGAUGGGGUCCUACGGAGGAGAAUUGAACAUGGACACUUGUGCCAAAGCUGGAGGGAGAACCAUGGCGGAGCUCCCAGAGGAAGUUCUGGAGUACAUUCUGUCAUUUCUGUCACCUUACCAGGAGCACAAGACGGCUGCGCUGGUGUGCAAGCAGUGGUAUCGCCUCAUUAAAGGUGUUGCCUAUCAGUGCUACCAUGGCUUCUUGAGGGCCGUCCAGGAGGGAAACAUCCAAUGGGAAAGUCGGACGUACCCGUAUCCCGGAACUCCCAUCACUCAGCGCUUUUCACACAGUGCUUGUUAUUACGAUUCCAACCAGUCCAUGUACGUGUUUGGGGGUUGCACCCAGAGUAGCUGCAAUGCUGCCUUCAACGAUUUAUGGAGACUAGACCUGAACAGCAAAGAGUGGAUCCGCCCUCUAGCCUCAGGCUCUUAUCCAUCCCCUAAAGCUGGAGCAACCCUAGUGAUGCACAAAGAUCUGCUAGUCCUGUUUGGGGGCUGGACCCGCCCCAGUCCGUACCCGCUGCACCAACCGGAACGAUUUUUCGACGAAAUCCACACCUACUCUCCGUCAAAGAACUGCUGUCCUAGGUGGAACUGCAUAGUAACCACGCACGGGCCGCCGCCCAUGGCAGGCCACUCCUCAUCGGUCAUUGGAAACGUCAUGGUGGUCUUCGGGGGCUCGUUGGGAGCACGGCAAAUGAGUAAUGAGGUCUGGGUUCUGGAUCUGGAACAGUGGUCCUGGUCUAAACCAGCCAUAUCUGGCCCCUCCCCACACCCACGAGGUGGCCAGUCACAGAUUGUGAUUGAUGAUCAGACGUUACUCAUCUUGGGAGGGUGUGGAGGCCCAAAUGCUCUCCUCAAAGAUGCCUGGCUGCUUCACAUGGACGCGCCCACCUGGAGGUGGCAGCAGCUGCAGGUGGAAAAUGAGGACCACGGCGCACCGGAGCUGUGGUGCCACCCAGCUUGUCGGGUGGGCCAGUGCGUGGUGGUCUUUUCCCAGGCGCCAUCCGGCCGCGCGCCACUCAGCCCAAGUCUUAACUCCAGGCCCUCGCCCAUAAGUGCCAUACCCGCCCCUCUGGGCCCGGAACCGCCUUCCUUGCGCUCCCAGUCUCCCGUUCGCAGUGGGGCGGCCGGCGUCGUUCUGGGAGCCGUCGAAGAGGCUCCGUGCGUUAACGGUCGAUGGGGCACUCUGAGACCCCGACCUUCGGCCAGAGUCGGUGCCAGAGACGGGAGCCCAGCCUUCUCCCCGCAGCCGUCUCCCUCACAAUGCCCCGAUAGCCCCCCUCUGGCUCUGCAUCCGCCCUUACUGAAUGGCUCCUCCCCUUCGCCGCGGACCAGUCCGGCGCAGACUGCAUCUCCACCCCUUCGCCCCCAUCCGCCUGCUUCUACAGACUACGGCUGGGAGUCCACCCCGUCAGCCGCUCACCACCCUGAAGUGCCCAGCACUAACGGCCUGCACACACCCCCCGCGGGAUCUCCGCGCACUCCCCCGGGGGCGGUGUCCCCCGCUGCCUUACGACGAGGCCUGGAGGCGGUCAAAAACACAUCUUCAUCCUUACCGUCUUCAUUAUCGUCGCCUUCCCUUCAAACACAGGGCACGUCUCCCGGAGCAGGAGCGGGCCCCCCCGGGAACCCGUCAUCGUCGUCGUCCUCCUCCAGUCCGCCGCAGGCCGCGGGCGCCGACGGACACGCCAUCCCCCCAAUUGCGCGGCGCCUCGGCCACCAUCCUCCCCAGAGUCUGAACGUGGGUAAACCUCUUUAUCAGUCACUCAACUGCAAGCCCAUGCAGAUGUACGUCUUAGAUGUGUCCCGCGCCAAAACCGCCGGCACCGUGUCUUGGAGGGUUUACGGCAACGGGACUCCGGCUGCGGUUCCGGGGCCGCCGGAGACCAGCCUCCACACCGUGGUGCAGGGCCGCGGGGAGCUCAUUAUAUUUGGCGGUCUUAUGGACAAAAAACAGAACGUGAAGUACUACCCGAAAACAAACGCCUUGUACUUUGUCCGUGCGAAAAGGUAAUGGCGCCGGGUUGGUAUCGCAAGGUGCUCGGCCCCGUGACCAAACAAGGGAAUUGACACACAAGGCCUUUUUCUCGCAGGAAGGAUCUUUAUUAGAUGUUCCGCUUCGUAACCUCCCUCCCCCCCCACCACAUAUGGCAAAAUAAACCUUUUAGCCACAUUUUGAUAUUAAAAACAAACAAGCGAGGAGAUGAUUUUUAACUCAUCCAACAGGACAUGAUUGACUGGCUCCUGAUUGGCCGACGAACAAAACAAACAUUUCUGCUGAUUCUGUCAUCCUCAUACGGACUCGUGACAAUGGAUGCUGUCGACAGAAGCAGACGACAACUACCUUGCUUUUGGUAUCACUCUUAAAGCCUGCAAUGUUUACAUCAAAAACUGUGUGUGCGUGUGCGCGCGUGCGUGUGUGUAUGCGUGUUUAUGCACAGUGGUGGUUAAAAGUUGUGAGAGAUGUGGCACUAUACUAUAAACAUAGUAAAACA